AUUCUAAAAACAUCCCAUCUAAGUAACCACCUUCCGGUUUCGGAGUCAAAGAGAAACAAGCAGCUUUGAAAACAUUCUCAGCAAGACUGAAAAAUGGAGGAAAUCUCGCAAUCAUCCGCGCCGCCACUUCAUUCCCUCAAACUGUCCCACAAGAUUACCGAAGUCGCCGCCGGAGAAGCUCACACUCUCGCUCUCACCGCGGAUGGAAGCGUUUAUUCUUGGGGAAGAGGAAUGUUUGGCCGGCUCGGCACUGGAUCGGAGCUCGACCAGAUGUUUCCUGUCAGAGUUGAGUUUGGCUCUACGGCUGUUAAGAUUGUGGCUAUUGCGGCUGGAGCUUAUCACAGUCUCGCGCUUGCAGAUGAUGGGUCUAUUUGGGGAUGGGGUUAUAAUUUAUAUGACCAACUUGGUGCAAAUGGAGAAAAUUUGCUAGCUCCUUGUUUACUAGAAGGAUUCAUCGGACUGGGUUCCCUCAAUGCCUCAAGAGAGGAACCAGAAAAGAAGAAAUUAAUGAUUUCUUCUGUUAAAGCCGGAGCAAUGAUGUCUCUAGCAAUUGACAGUCUAGGAGGUCUCUGGAUAUGGGGCAACUGCCCUCAGCCACAACAAGAAAAGCCAGUUGAUGUUAAAUUUUCUAUCGCAUGCACUCCUAAUCCAACACCUGUAUGGAGCUUUCAUCGGCACACUGUUGUUAAGGUGACAUGUGGAAAUGAGCAUAUUGUGGCAUUGGUUACCACAGGGGAAACGUACGAAGGGGAUAAUGAUCUUGUUUGCUAUUCUUGGGGCGGAAACAGUCAUGGUCAAUUAGGUUUGGGGGAUAAAGAAAGCCGGAUCUUUCCGGAAAUUGUCAAACCCUUUGAUUCCCAAUCCCCUUGGAUUGUUUAUGAGGUGGCGUGUGGGGCUUUCCACACAGCUUUACUAUCAAAGAAAACCCAAAAUGGUGUAUUGGAAAGUGUUUGCUGGACAUUUGGCCUAGGUGAAAAUGGGCAAUUAGGUCAUGGCACUAACCAAAGCCAUUUAUCCCCCGAACCCGUGAGAGAAUUGCCAAGAAGUGCAAAUCUCAUUUCGAUUGACUGCGGCUUGUUCCACACCAGUCUUAUCUCAUCAGCCGGAGAUGUUUGGUCAUGGGGAAUGGAAAAAGGCAUGGGUCUAUGCCCCAAUACAAGGUUCACCGGAGAUGAAACUGGCGAUGCAAUGUUGCCCGUGUUGAUCCAUUGUGAAAAUGGGCAUAAUAAGUUUGAAGAACCUGUCCAAGUUGUAUGUGGUGCAGCCCAUACGGUUCUCCUUUCAGAUUCUGGGUACAAGAUCUGGUCGUGGGGACGGGGACGGAGCGGGGUACUUGGAACUGGUCAAACAACUGAUACUUUCAUUCCAACUCCUGCAAUGUGGCCCCCGCCUCUAGAUGAAGAUAAGAAUCAAAAAAUUGAAAAAGAAAUGAAACCUACCAAGGACGUCAUUGAAAUGGAGAAAAAGCUACGUGCAGCCGAAAUGGAGAUAGGUCAGCUUCGAACGAAACUAUCUGUGAUGGGAAAGUACACUGGCAUCCUUCACAGCUCUAUAUUUGGGAAACCGUUUGAUGACAAACAAGAUAUCCCUGCCUCAGUGAAAAGUGGGGGUAUGUUCGAAAUAGCAAAGGAGUGGGAAAACAUGUUGGAGUGCUUGGAUCGUGGAAAACUAGUGAAGCUCGAGAUGUUUUACAGCAACAUGCUUGCCGGUGUUAAGGAUAACAUAUUGAAGAAACGGAUCAAGGAGAUCGUUGUCGAUUGCCUUGGCUCUUCCCGUUAAUGCAAUCAGGGAGUCCAUAGGUCUCUCCAAGAACAUACUUUGUAUAGUCAAAUGUUGUUUGACCAAUGUGAAUUAUCCAGUUUGUUGUGAUUUGUUUUCAUCAUUUAUCGCAAUUGCACGCCAGUGUAACUGAUCCCAUAGAUUUGGGAUUAAAAUGGCUCGUUUUGGCCUAACGUCCAAACAGUGUCUGGCCGUCUGGGAGGUGUUUUGUGCAGAACAGGUGGUGCCAUUUUGAAGAAAGAAAGAAAACCGUAUAACACCCCAAGAAAAAACAAUCUGACAGUUGGCACUAAUGUUCUCAGAGAGUUUCUCAAAAUGUGGUGGUGUGUAGUUGGAAAUUAAAAUAAUGUGUGUAGAAGAAGAUUAAAUGGUUAUUCAUGCCAGAAACUUGACAUUGCAACUUUAAAAAAACUAGGCAACGUAUACUAAGUUGAAGUGGUCAAUGUUUUAAUAUUUUCUAGCAUUCAACUCUCAAUUUGACAAUUUGUCCUCCACAUCAUCUUUGU